GUACGAGUGAGAUUUGAAUGUUGAUUAACUCUUUAAAUAUAGUAACCAGUUUUAAAUUGUUACCUGUUAGAUUGAUUGUAAAUUGUUAGUGAUUUGUGUUAACCAAAAUUUAGAUGUUAAGUGUUAGUUAAAUGAUAAUCAUGUCCGAACGUGAAUUCGACUUCAUCAUUUUCGGUGCCAAUGGAAAUACAGGUAAACAUGUAUUGAGAAAUUUGGUUAAAUGGUUGGAAUUGGAAAAGAAACCUCGUUGGAUAGCGAUCGCUGGACACCACAAAUCGCAAUUAAAAGUGGCCUUAACUCAAGUGGCCAUUCAAAUGGACCGUAAUCUAAACGAUGUUAGUCUAAUUGUGGUUGAUUUUAAUGACGAAUCAAAUUUAACAACAAUUUGUGCCCGAUCAAAGGUGAUCCUUAAUGCUUAUGGUCAACUUAACUUACUCGAGAGGGAAAAACUUGCCAAAGCUUGUAUUGAGUGUCAAAGUCCUUGAGGGUAAUUAGCCAACGUUGAUUAUAUCAAUUAUCUUUGUAUUCCCCAAACAAUUUAAAUUGUCCCCAUCAGGUAGUGAAUCAUUUAUUACAAUCAAAUAUUGGAUAUAAUUUACCUUACAAUUAACAUUAGAAGACACAUUUUAACAUCAACACCGAACAACAAUUAACAAAGCAACAAUUUAAUUGCUUACCAAUAUCACACAAAUCAAUUCAAUUGGUAAUCAAUAAAAUGUCAACAAACAAAAAUUGUCAACCGAAAACCAGAAAACUCAAAAAAAAAGGAUUAGAGUUAAAUAAAAAAUUGUAAUAACUAAAUUAAUCUUAAUUACUACUCAGCUAAUUGACUAUUUAAUCGUUGAUUAAAAUAUUGAAUCAUAUGGAA